CUGUAGUCAGGCACAAGUCUAGUCUUGAAAGGAUUCUUGGACAUCAGCAUCAUUCAGCUUCAUCAUGGCUGGACACCUGCUGUUAGUCGUCCUCAUGUAUUCAUUUUCUGAGAAGAAAGCACAAGCUCAUCUUCCGCCUAUACUGACAGUGAAUCCAGCGGUGAUUACAGAGACAGAAACAGUCACACUGAACUGUCAGCCUCCAUCAUCUGUUUCUGUGUCUCAGUGUUAUUUUCAUAUUGAAAGAGGAAAACCAGGCAAAGUCUUCUCAUGUCUGAAGAAUCUGACAGGGACUGAGCUGCUGGAGAUGACACACCAGAGUUCACCUGCUGAGGUUAAAGUAACAUGUUUUUAUCUCUACGGCUCUUCAUCUCCUGACAGUGAUGUUUCCUCCAUCAUCAUCAGAACAUCUCUUCCUCCACCUGCACUGACAGUGAAUCCAGCAGUGAUCACAGAGACAGAAACAGUCACACUGAACUGUCAGCCUCCAUCAUCUGUUUCUGUGUCUCAGUGUUAUUUCCACCUUGAAAGAGGAAAACCAGGCAAAGUCUUCUCAUGUCUGAAGACACUGACAGGGACUGAGCUGCUGGAGAUGACACACCAGAGUUCACCUGCUGAGGUUAAAGUGACAUGUUUUUAUCUCUAUGGUUCUUCAUCUCCUGACAGUGAUGUUUCCUCCGUCAUCAUCAGAACAUCUCUUCCACCUAAACUGACAGUGAAUCCAGCGGUGAUCAACGACACAGACUCAGUCACACUGAACUGUCAGACUCCAUCAUCUGUUUCUGUGUCUCAGUGUCAUUUCUACAUUUUAAGUGGAGGAACAGCCAAAGUCCUCUCAUGUCUACAAACACUGACAGCGACUGAGCUGCUGGAGAUGGCACAUCAGAGUUCACCUGCCAGGAUUCAAGUGACGUGUUUGUACACUGUACAGAUUGGAGAGUUUAACUAUCCAUCUCCACACAGUGACACAUCCUCCAUCACCAUACACAGUUAUAAACCACAGAUGACACUUCAACAUUUUGACGGUGACCACGUUCUCUUUACCUGCUCUCUGUCUGGACCUGCUGAUCAUGAUACAAAAUGUAACCUGUACUUUGGAGAAGCAAGUUGUUCAGUCCUAACAAGAAACAUCUCAGGGAAGAGGACCUCAAAAAAUCAAUCUUUCUGCCAGUUUACUGUCACAAUUGAUAUUUUGCUGAGACUUCUACGUUCAGUUCAACAAAGCGAUGCCAGCUGUGAUUACACGUUGGGAAGUGACCCCAACUCUUUGUCUCCUCGCAGUGACAGAUACAGCCUGACUGAUAUUGUGGAAAAAGAGUCAAGUGUGACACAGACUGUGACCACAUCUCUGAUGACCACAGGUCUGACUGUUAGCACGCCUUGUGCCUCCACUACUGUAACUCCUGUAACAUCAGGGUCAGCUGUCAGUACGCCAAGUAUCACUUCUAGAUUUAUCUCUACUUCAGUAAAACCGGCACCAGAUACCAGUAUGACUGCUCUGAAUCCAGGAUCUGGCAAUGAAGCAACAGGUUGGAGUGUCAGCACGGCUGGCACUAAAGAAGUCUCUAUCCCUGCAACCCCUCAGGAAACAGCUUCAGCAGGAAUAUGGAGGUUUGUAGCAGUUGUGGCUGGUUGUGGAGUAACUGUGGGAGUCGUUGUGCUGGUUUCUGCAAUGCUCUGCAAAAGAAGAACUGAAAAAAGUGUUUCCAAGAGACCAAAAACAAUCAUCACUGGUUUGCUGGAUGGUUUUGAUGAAACCUACAGUAUCGUCACCUAUGAAUGUUUCUCUGAGUGACGACAGCAGCACCUCUGAUACAUCAGCCCUGACAGACACAGUGUACAGCACUCUAAACAUAUGAAAUCCAAACAAUUGUUUUUCUUGCAACAUUUUUUACUUCGCUUUCUGAUG